AUGCUCGCUCGUAUCUGCAAGGGCAAGUCGGUCGUCGACUCGGUACUGCCUUUCACCUGUCGUCGACCCUUUACAUCCGGCGGAUCAUCGACCUACUACAGCUCGCGAGGCGCGCCAUCGUCGAACUCGUUCGCUUCGACGUCGCAGGCCACGCUCGACCACGCGCCGUCCUUUGAUCAUCUCACGACGUCCACCGCAAAGUGGCCCCCUCGUUUUGGCUACUUCUUACCCAAGCAGGCCGUACCCGCUCCCCACGCGUCAUCGUCAGCCAAGGCGAGGCAGCGACGACGACAACAAGGACGGCCAGACCAUCUCGUCGCUCUCGUGCCCAAGCGGCCCGUCGUUCGAGCUGGCGGGGCUUCGGCUUCUAAUCAUCGAUCCUCAUCGCCGUCGAAAUGGUCGUCGAACAAUCGGGUCGACCAGCAGAUAUCGCCUUACCUGCCUCUAGUGACCCGCGAGCGAUCGCACCUCUUGUUUCAGCUUCGCUCCGCUCUCGCUUCCACAACCCCGUCGCCAGAACGCACCUGGUCCACGCUCACCGAGGUCAUUCGCUAUCCCAACGUGCUGCCCGAUCUACCGGCAUCGUCUUAUUCCACCUCGUACAGGGUCGCCAUCGAUGAGUACAACCCGGUCCAAGACCCGAGAAAGCCGAUUCGGCUGUCCCUGUCCGAGCUGCGCAGAACGUUCGACAUCCUCAGCAGUGCGCGACCGGCGACAUGGAAACACUUGACGAAGCUACUCGUCUUGGUCGAGCUGUACGCGUUGCAUGGCGAUGCGUCAACGACGCCCGCAGUAGGAGCGAAUACCAACGCGGACCUCGGCAAGAACUCGCUGCUGACGCCCUUUACGGCGGAUGCUGCCUCGGUGCUGCGGCAAUGCGACCUACGCGCCUUGAUGAUCUUUGCUGGCGCCAACAUCCGUAGCCCUCGGCGCCAGAUCGAGCUGGAGAAUGCAUUGACCAUGUUUGGUCACAUCCGCGGCGAGAUCGGAAUCAAGACGUUCAACACACUGCUCAACUUGGCCAGCCUCGCCCGCGCUUGGGAUCUGUACGACAACGCUCAGGCGCGAAUGCACUCGAUGAGGAUCCACGAUGAUGUCGCCACCGUUGGUAUUCGAAUGAUGAUGAUGCUAAGGAGAGGGGCGAACCUCGAUGCGAUCUGGCGCGAGUUCGUGCGAGGCGUUCAGCGCUAUGGUCCGGAACAGAGCGAUCAACGACUGUGGGGGUCGAUGGUGUGGUGCUUUGCCAGACGUGGCAAGAUGGAGGAAGCGAUGAGGCUAUUUUCUACGAUGCAGCAAAGGUCUGAGAAUGGCCAUCAAGUCGACUUGCUCGCCCUUGGUCCCCAACAAACCCGCUUCGAUCACCACGACGACGGCACGAUACCGACGUUGUGGGUCCAUGCGCGUCGACCUGACAGGUCGACGUUUGAAGGCCUCGUUCAAGCCUUUGCGCACUAUGGCGAUCUUGCUUCGGCUUUAGCUGUUAUGCGUGAAAUGCUCGGCUCGGACCCACCCAUCGCACCAUCGCACCAGACGUACGCAUCACUUUUUCGAGGAUUUACGCGGCAUGGACGAGCGCCGUCCGGUCUCGCCUCCCGUCACUUGCACGGCGGUGUGUACUCGACCGAUCGAGGCAACUUGUCGGCUUAUCGUGAAGCUCCCCUCAGCGCGCUUUCAUCGCUCGUGACUGGCAACGCUCGACCGACGCAGCCAGGGGUGGACUGGACGCUCGAGGUGCUCGAUUCCUUGUUCGACGGCUUUAUCGCUUCUUCACCCGCCUCGACGACCGACUCGGCAGGCCUUCCGUUUCAGGGAGCUCGUUCUGCACCCCAACCGGCGCAGUUGUUCUGGCUCGUCCUGGCAUACGAAGUAAUGACGGGUAACGAUAGCACGGUCGUCUUGGAUCGAUGGGCAAGGGUGGAGCGGGUUUUCAAUCGAACGGAUCGGUCAGAGUGGAAAGGUUGGAAAGUCGAUGGCAGGCUGCAGCGAAAACUGGAGGCUCACAGGCUGAGUGUGGAGGGGUCGUAA